AUGAUUAUAAUCAUCAUCAACACAAUUACUUUUUGUCCCUUCAUAGUUUUGCUCAACGUGCUGGUGAUAAGGGCUGUAAAAGCGACGCCUGAACUCCGUACCAACAGCAACAUCCUGCUGUCCUGUUUAGCGGUGACCAAUGCAUUAACUGGUCUCUUUUGCCAGCCAUUCUUUAUGCUGUGGCAGAUUUUCCUAUUACUCGGUCUCAGUAACGGUGAGAUACUUCAGAACUGCUAUCAGGUAUUUGUGGUUGUAUUGCAAACAGCUUCAUACCUCCAUCUAAUGUUGGUUACUUUCGAGAGACUCAUAGCGAUCAAAUUUACGAUGAAAUACUCAAACAUUAUAACUGAUGAUAACAUGAGGAGAGCAGUUUUGGUAAUUUGGAUCAUUUCGUUCAUUAAUGGGGUUUUAAGAGGAAUGGAAAUGGUCAAAGUAGCACGUUCUUUGGCAGGACUUCUUACUCUGUCAUGUAUCCUUUUCCUUGCUUUUAGUUACUGCAUCAUGUAUCGAGAAACACGUCGCCACGACUGCCCAAAGAAGAAAUGGAAAGAUUUGCCAAAGAGAACAAAGCGCUGAAGACAACUUUGUUUGUGGUCGGUACUGUUGUUAUUUGCCUUCUUCCACUUUGUUUCUGUCUUAUCGUUAUAGCUACAGGCCUUUACAAUGCAAUUAUUGGCCUGAUCAGCCAAACAUUGGUGAUAACAUGUGCCAUGUUAAACCUGCUUGUUAAUCCACUAAUUUACUGCUGGAGACAAAAGGAAAUGAGGAAGGUCAUUCUUGGAAUAAGAAUCCAGGUUGGGCAUUCAGAGAUACAAUGAAGGAGGGAAAUGUAAAGAAAAGAGUGAACAACUUGAUAACUAUAUUUCUAGAUUUUGCGUUGGUCUUUUCCAUCAACUUUUAAUGAACUCGCUAGUUGUUCUUUUAUAUGACAAUUACGAUUUUGGUCACGAAAGGUAAUUUGACAAUCAACCUUGUGUAAGUUACCAACAUCGUUGGAAAUCGGCAAUCAGUGGAAGUCCUUUCUCUCAAACGGUGCUGGUGCUUGCCACAAACUUGCUUCCGGAAUGUUCUAGAAUACGUUGAAAAUGUGUACAAGGAAUUAGCCGUGUAGUUGUUGUUUUUGUCAUGUUGCGGGCAGUGACGAAUUGUCUGGAAAGCUAUACCGUGAGAGUUACCGUGAUAUACUUCAGAGAAAUGUUUUUAGGAGACUUGUUGACAACUGUGAGAUUGUAUCAGUGGUGUGCCAAGUUAGAGUCUGUAGUGAGUUUAAGUGAGUUGAUUAAGGAUAAUUACCGUAUUUCUUUUAGGAGUCGCUCCUUAAUAAGAAUAUUAAAAUUGUUCGUUGGUUAAUAAAAUAGUUGAGUUUGUGGGAUUUUAGCGUUCUUUCAGUCUUCUAAACCAUACCGUAACAAUAUUGUUUGCGUUGAAAUGCAAAUACAAAUAAAAGCAAUUGGCAUAAAAUUAGAGACUCUGGAUCUGAUUUCGAAAAUUCGAUUCGUAUUCAGAUAAUUGUAUAAUUGAAGUGUUAGGCAGUUUCAUUAAUUCAGGUUAUCAAAUAUAUAGUUUUUCAACUUGUUUUCUGUAAGCAAAACAACACACUUAAGGAAUAAAACCAAACAGAACAGCAAUCAGAGGGAAGAUAAGUUAUUUUUGUAUUCUUGAAUAGUCAAAACAUAACUUACUUCGGAAAGAAGAACUAAAAGAAUAUAUCUCGAGGGUAUUUAUCCCGUAGCUAACCAACUAAAUUUCCACAGUUUAAAAUGACCCUAUCUAGAUAUUCUAAAAAACCUAACAGCCUCCAUAGGCUAGUAAACAACGUUUUCUCGAUAUCAUUUUUGUUUGGAUUACAACAUGUUCAAAAUUGUGAAUAAUUCGAUCUUCAGAGUGGCUGUGCUCAAACGGUAUUUUUUCUUUCUUGCCCUCCCAUCCCUGUUUUUUUUUUUAAAUUUAAGGAAUAUUGCAUGGGAAAAGUAAAGGGUUUUGCUCAUUACUACAAUUCAGAUUAUAAAAUCACAACACACUGGAGAUAACAACAGUUAGGCUUGUCCCGAUUGUGCUCGUGAAAUGCUGGAGGGUUUCUCUCUAAAAUGCUUUAAAAUUGCUAUUAAAUCUGGAAAAAUCCAGAAAUUGCUAUCUUGAUUUCAAAAGUUACUGGUUAAAUUUGUUGAUGGUUUUGAAUUAGCGUUAAUUGAAAGCUUUAUUUUUCGGUCUUCACAAUAAUUGCUAAUAAGAUCGGUCGAGAAAAAUAGCUUGAAACUUUGCUUUAAAGAGUUACUUGCAAAUAUGGGCGAAAUUUAAGAAUGGUCUUAAGUCUAACAGAACAAAUCACAAGGUUUAUUUGACUUCUUUCCGAAAGUCAAUUUAGCCGAUCAUCUUAGAUAAGGAUCGCAAUAUUUGUUCCAAAGGUUGAUAAAAAUUAAUGAAAUUCACAUAAAUUGAAGUUUUCUAUAAAGUUGUUGACUUUUUUGGUCUUGAUAUGAGCUCUAACUUGUAUUUUGCUCACAAAUUGCUCAAAAAGGUAAAAAAAGAAUAUGCUCGAGAUUGCUGGGAACGUCAAAAGUUGCUGAGAUGUUGUCGAGCACUAUCAGGAAUAGGCCUAACACCGGUGCGAAAGAAAUUUAUAUUUUUAAUGAAAGUCUUUAAUUGCAGACGAACCUAAGGCGGCGAGCUUUUGACUCACAGUAAUUCAAUGGUAAAUGGCGAUGAAAAAGACCCGAUGCAUAUCCUUGUCUCUAAGCCCAUGGCGGCAAGGCAAAAUAGACGUCAAGUGAACUCAUAAAACAAAUUUUAUUUCAAUGGAAAUCUAAAUAAAACUUACCAACUUUUUAAAAACACAUUUGGCAAUAUCUGGAAAGGCUAAUUAAAAUUUACUUUAAUCACUUUUGGAUUAAAAUUUACUAAUAAGAAAAGAUUGAGAGAAAUCCAUCUGAUUGGGCAGCUUUGAGUGUUUCUGAUUCAGCUUGGUCAUGUAUUGUUGCUGGGCAUAUGUGAAAUGAGAAAUUAUUCCCAGGAAAUGUUUGAACCACCCACUAGAAAAGGCUGUAGAUUUUUUGGCCUUUGCUGUUCUCUGAUUUCAUGCCAGAGUGAGCGACGGGUUGAAAAAGUUAGUCCGAGGAUCAGACUUACCUUGCACUGAGAUUCCAAUUCGACAUGGUAAACUUUUCAUUGACUAGUUUUACAAACACUACAAACAUAACCAGAAAAGAAGGCGACAGAGUUGUACCAUCGAUGGCUAAUUCUAUAAUCAUAAUCAUCAUCAACACCAUCACUAUACCCUGCACAGUUAUUCUUAAUGUACUUGUGAUAAAGGCUGUAAAAACGACGCCUCGACUCCGUACCAACAACAACAUAUUGCUGGCCUGUUUAGCGGUGACCGACGCAUUAACUGGUCUCCUUGGUCAGCCAUUGUUUAUCCUGUGGAGAAUUUUCCUUAUAUUCAAUCUUAGUAGCAGUAGGACGGUUGGAACUUCUUUUGUCUCGUUUCUACUUGUUACUCUUGUAUCUUUCUACUUUCAUCUGAUGUUGGUUACUUUCGAGAGACUCAUAGCUAUCAAAGUUACAAUGCUGUACUCAAACAUUAUAACUGAGAAGAACAUGAAGAUAGCAGUGAUAGUAGUUUGGAUCACUGAGUCCAUUUAUGGGGUUUUAAGAGGAACGGAAAAGGUCAAUACAGCACGUUAUUUGACAGGGCCACUCGCCAUUUCAUGUAUUCUCUUUCUUACUUUCGCUUACCUCAUCAUGUAUCAAGAAACUGCUCGCCACAAAGAGAAGAUAAAAACUCAACAACUGCCC